AUGAAACAAAAGACCCCCACAGAAGCGGCCGGGAGGAUUCUUCCCGGCCGCUCAGAUUACACACCACGAUGGCCGAGAGGAAUCCUCUCGGCCGUCAAGAUUCUGCUCUCAGCGGCCGAGGUGAUUUCCCUCGGCCGUCGAGAAUGUACACCUCAGCCGUCAAGAGUGUACACUCUCGAUGGCCGAGAGGAUUCCUCUUGGCCGUUGAGGGUAUACACUCUCAACGGCCUCUCGACGGCCGAGAGGAUUCCUCUCAGCCGUCAAGAGUGUAGACUCUCGAUGGCCGAGAGGAUUCCUCUCAGCCUUCGAGAGUGUAGACUCUCGAUGGCCGAGAGGAUUCCUCUCAGCCGUCGAGAGUGUAGACUCUCGAUGGCCGUCUACACUCUCAACAGCCAAGGGAAACCAACUUGGCCGUUGAGGUGUACACCCUCUCGACGGCUAUUUACACUCCCGGCCAUUGAGAGUGUACGCUCUCAACGGCUGACGUUGUACAUUCUCGGCGGCCGAGAGGAAAUCACCUCGGCCGCUGAGAGCAGAAUCUUGACGGACGAGAGGAUUCCUCUUGGCCAUCGCGGUGUGUAA